AUGGUACCGACGAUCGAACCAUUCAACCCUCCGUGCACAAGGAACUCUAUCGGCAACCACAAACCUUCGCAAGAACUCGAUGACGGAUUUUUCAGAACCUACCAAGCCAUCAUCGAAGAUGCUUUUCUGCUGGAGCCAGGGGGAAGCAACAGGCCGCAAGAGUUCGUUCAGCUCGUCGUCGUAGUCACCGAGAUCUUACAAUGGGCAUCCUCGAACCCGGGUAACAAAACCGCCGCCAAGACACUUCAAGACAUGAUUCAAUUGAAGCCUUUGACAGAGGAAGAGAAGCAGUGCGUCCCAGAACUACCCGCCGAUGACUGCCUUUGUCUUUUGGUGCGGCUCCUCGCGAGAAAGAAGCAGCCUACAACACCAGUGGAGUAUUUGAACGAGCUACAGAAAUUGAAAAUUCACACAAUAAUCACGGAUGAAAAACAACACGAAGACAACCUUCAACGAAACUGCGCUGGAGUUUAUGGCAUUCCGAAUCAUGUCUCAAUAUGCAUAGGGUCACAUAUUCAGACAUCAUCGCAACCGAAUAUCUGUCUACAUAUCAUUGCGACCAAUGGCGAACAUCACCCAACAUACCUCGGGAAAUGGGCCAAGAAGUCCAGGAAGAAGCGCUUUGAAAAUCUGCAAAGCAAUGUUCCACAACACGUCACGAAGGCUGGACUCUGGCUCGACGAAAACCUACGUGACGACGAUCGUCACGGCACGCAAGCCAUCAACACUUGGAAACUCGAAUCCACUCCAGCAAGAUCUGAUGCAGAACCAACAAAUAGGCCUCAACAUUUCAGUCACGAGAAUGAACUUGCCAUUACAUUCACCAUCCAGAAGGGGACAGGGAUCACGCGCUGCGAGCGUUGCGCGAUUUGCAGAAUGCUCUUUUGGUACAGACAAGAUGACACAGAGAUCGGCAUUGAGAAUGACCCGGAGCCCCGCGAAGAAGCCCUUAAAGACAAAGGUAUCUAUCGAAACAAUACUUGCUCCGAGGGAUUGCUCCAUGAGCUCUGCGAAAUGGCCGAACGGAGGGCGGCAAAAACACAUCCAGGUACCACGGGCACCACGGAUCAAGACCCAGACUCUGGAGAGGCUUUGUGA